GUCAGCUUAAGUCAGUCUUGAUUCACGUUCUUCACGUGGAACUUUCUUCAUCGCUUUAGUAGACACUUGAAAAACGACUCUUUCAACGUAAAAAAUGUUAGUUACAGUUAUAACGUUUGCGCUUUUUACAACAUUUGUUACAGCGGAAAUACCUUCAUACUUUCACGUAUGCAACCGCAGAGAUCCAAAUCUUGAUCAAUGUAUCAUGAAGAGUGUUAAUAAUUUGAAGAGUAAGUUAUGCAAAGGAAUUCCGGAAUUGGAAGUACCGCCGCUGGAACCAUUGCGUCUUCCCAAACUAAUCCUUUCCGAGACGAAUAACAUCAAAUUAUAUAUCGAUGAUUUAGAAGUAUUAGGAAUUUGCGGUUAUACCUUGAACGACGUACAUGUGGAUCUUGACAAACUCACAUUAAAACUCAAUGCUACAUUGAACAAUAUAUUUUUCAAUUCCACAUAUGAUUUCGAUAUACGUAUAAUGGUGGCUAUUGCUACCAAGGGACAGUUAUCUUUUACUGCAAAUUAUUUAAAUCUGAAUUUACUCUGCGAUUUGAAAAUGGCAACCAAAAGUGGCAAGAAAUACUUAUACAUGUCAAAAGUAACGACAAAUCUCGAAAUCGAAGGUUUUAAAACUAAAUUUGAAAACGAUAAAUCAAACCAAUUACAGGAAAUUAUUGCGAAUUUUAUAGGCAAUAAUGAGAAAGAAAUUCUUACAACUUUUACGCCGGCGUUAGAAGAAGCUAUUUCCAAAUUUGUUCUCUCAACUGCUAACAAUAUAAUGAAACAUUUUACUUAUGAUGAGUUAUUCCCCGACCGAACGUAAAUCAGCCUACAAUUUUUACAUCUAUUGGCAUAGAAUCAUUGCGUAUGUAAUUAUAGAAUUUCUAUACUUGGAGACGUUUUGCAACUCAAAUGUAAUCUUGUAACCAACCAAAGGAAGUGACAGAAGUAUUUCCCUUCGAUUUUGACAAGCUUUGAAUAUGUUGUAGAAUAGCUCAAAAUAACAGACACAUUUUUUUAUCUAUUUUCUCCCAUGUUUAGAGAUUAAAAUUCUACUGAAAGCUGAAGCAGUAUAUUUAGUUUUAAGAGAAUAUGAUCAAAACUUUAAGAGAUGUAAAAAAAUGUUUCCAAUAAAAAUUUUAUGAACUUUAUAA